AGGCUGCCACCUGAGCGAGUACUGGCCUGGCCUGCCGCCGCCUGUGUCAUGGCUCCUGGGAGUGUCUCCAGUGUUUCUUCCUCUUCCUCCUCUUUGCCCUCCAGGGACACAUCCCCUUCUGGAUCGUGUGGGCUCCGUGGGGCUGACAAGCCAGGUACCACCUCGUUCUGUAGCCCCAGGCUGGUCUGGAAAUAAGUCUUUCCACCCCUGUGUCUGGGAGUCCUGGGGUAACCGGUCCACAUUGCCGCGGAAUCGCAGCAGGCCAACGGAACCCAACAAUGCUACGCAUGGUGCUAGAGGCUCUAAGGGCCAGGGAGAAGCGCCAGGGCACUUCAGUUGUGGCCAUCAAGGUCUACAUCCAACACAAGUACCCCACAGUGGACACCACCCGCUUCAAGUACCUGUUGAAGCAGGCUCUGGAAACUGGUGUUCGUCGGGGCCUCCUCACCAGGCCUGCUCACUCCAAGGCCAAGGGUGCCACUGGCAGCUUCAAACUAGUUCCGAAGCCCAAGACAAAGAAAGCUUGUGCCACAAAAGCCGGCAGGGGAGCUGCAGGUGCCAAGAAGACAGGCCCCAAGAAAUCUGGAUUGCUGAAAAAAGACCAAGUUGGCAAGGCCACGAUGGAGAAAGGGCAGAAGAGGAGGGCUCACCCUUGCAUGGCAGCCACACUGGAGUUUGCCCCUAAGAAAGCCAAGGCUAAACCGAAAGAGGUCAGAAAGGGCCCCCUAAAACAAGACAAAGCAGGGGCCCCUCUGACUGCCAACGGAGGCCAGAAGGUCAAACACAGUGGGAGCAGGCAAGAAGCAGAUGCCCAUGGGAAAACCAAAGAUGUGCGUGAGAAAUCGAAGCCCCCGGCCAGCAAGGUCCAGAAUAGCGUUGCUUCCCUCGACAAAAGGAAGAUGGCAGACACGGCCCACACUGAGACAGUCGUUCAGGGGACCAAGACAGUACAGGAGACCAAAGUGCCCACUCCCUCCCAGGACAUAGGACACAAAGCACAACCCACACCUAGGGUCAGGAAGGCAAAGACCCCUGAGACUCCCCAGGACCUCCUCCAAGGCUCCCAACAAGUAGCCUGAGGCUAGUAGCCAGGGCCCGGGAGAUGGCGAUUCUGAAGCUUUUAUCUGCUAACAAACCGUCACAAUGUUUAAUCAUAACUUAUUUAUCAAUAAAGACUUUGUAUUC